AUGAACACACCCAAGCCCAAGCCCAAGCCCAAGCUCUCGCCGCUGUCCAAGCCCAAGCGGCGCCUUCUCGCCCUCGGGAUUGAGGGGAGCGCGAACAAGCUCGGCGCCGGGGUUGUCGCACACGAACCCUCUGAGCAUGCUACGACUGUGACGGUCCUCUCGAAUGUGCGGCAUACAUACAUCACCCCGCCGGGAGAGGGGUUCUUGCCCUCUGACACGGCGCGACACCACCGCGAGUGGGCUGUGCGCGUUAUCAGGGAGGCCGUGAAGAAGGCUGGGGUGCGGAUGAGUGAUAUCGACGUGAUUGCGUUUACGAAGGGCCCCGGCAUGGGCACACCGCUGCAGGUCGGCGCGCUCGUCUCGCGCACCCUCAGCCUGCUUUACAACAUCCCACUCGUUGGCGUCAACCACUGCGUCGGCCACAUCGAGAUGGGACGGCACAUUACCAACAGCUCGAACCCGAUUGUGCUGUACGUUUCGGGCGGCAACACACAGGUCAUCGCCUACUCGCAGCAGCGGUACCGCAUCUUCGGCGAGACGCUGGACAUUGCGAUCGGCAACUGUCUUGACCGGUUCGCCCGCGUCAUCCAGCUGCGCAACGACCCGAGUCCGGGAUACAAUAUCGAGCAGGAGGCGAAAAAGGGGAAGCGCCUCGUGCCCCUUCCGUACGGUACUAAGGGGAUGGACGUGACCCUUGCGGGCAUCCUCAGUGCCGUCGAGGGAUACACGCAAGACCCGCGCUACCGGUCGUGGAACGACAAAAUCGAGGAGGGGGAGGACGUGAUCACGCCACACGACCUGUGUUUCUCUCUGCAGGAGACGACGUUUGCCAUGUUGGUGGAAAUUACGGAACGCGCGAUGGCGCAUGUUGGAGCGCGCGAUGUCCUGAUUGUCGGAGGAGUGGGGUGUAACAUGCGCCUGCAGGAAAUGAUGGGGAUCAUGUGCUCUGAGCGGAACGGGCGGGUGUUUGCGACGGACGAGAGCUUCUGCAUCGACAACGGGAUCAUGAUUGCGCAGGCGGGAAUGCUUGCGUUCCGGAUGGGCCAGGUGACCCCGAUUGAGAAGACGAGUGUGACGCAGAGGUUCCGGACGGACGCAGUGCACGUCACCUGGCGUGCGUGA